GUGUCUCACAUGUCUCCAUCCUGUGUCUCUCUCUCUCUCUCUCCUGUGUCUCUCUCCUGGUUCUCACCUGUCUUUCUCUCCGGUCCUCGCAGUGUCCUCGGGGUUUCACCGAACACCGGAUGUCCGAGGAAACGUGUUUCCUUGUACCGAAGCCAACGUUCACGUCACGUGAUGGCGUCAGCCAAUGAGAAGUCAGAGUAUUGAUCACAUGAUUUUGAAUGUGCGUUAGUUUCCGUGUCUGACGUUGAGAGACGGGUGGACCUGGAGGACGAGGGGAUCGAGCAUGUGACGGAUCUGAGACGGUGUCCAAUCCGAGAUCGAGUCCAGCUGCGUCCUCAUGUCCGGACACAGGACCAGGAAAAGCCUGAUCAUCACAGACGAUGAGGAGGUUAAGGGUGAGGAGCUCAACCCCUUCUCCUUCAAAGAGUUUCUUCGAUUGAAGGACCAGGACCCGGACCCGGACAGGGAGCAGACACACAGUGAGGAGGAAGAAGACAAGGAUUGGGGGUGGGGCUUCCAGUGUGUCGCCAGCAGCUCCUCCCCUCUUUCAGAGGAGACCACCAGAUUUACCUCUGAACCUGACAUCAAGCCGAAAGGAGGAGGAGACAAUGAAGGAGACGAUGAGAUGUCCACGACUGAACCAAUCAUCUCCUUCAGGGGGAGGAGCGACAUACAGUUGAAGGAGGAGAACAUGGCGUUGAGGAGAACCAUCAGAGAGCUGCAAAGCAGAUCAGAUGCUAAAGAACACAGGGUGCAGGAGCUAUCGGAGGAGCUGCUCCAGAGGACACGUCAGGAGGAGAAGGAGGCUGAGGAUCUGGAGAGCAUGGUUCACUCUGUGGAGCAGAACCUGCACCUGAUGACGCGAGCGAUGAAAGCAGAGAACUACGUCAGUAAACUGAAGGCGGAGCUUCAACAGCUGCACGUGGAGGCGGAGUCUCUGCGGUCGGAGAACGAAGCUCUGAAGGCAGCAGAGACUCAGGUCGUCAUGACGAUGAGACAAACUGCUCUGGUGGCGUCUGAGUACCUGAACAAGAUGGCGAGCCACGCCCACUCCUCCAUCCGUCAGCUGCUGGGAGAGGCGGAGACUCUUCGUCUCGUGUCUCAUCUUCUUCGUUCUAUUGAUAAAAUCUCAGAGUGUUGAAGCUGCGAUGGACAUGAGGACGAGCUGUUUGAUGACAUCACAGCAGCAGGUUGCUGAUUGGAUAGAUUCUGUAUCAGUGCAGACUGAAGAUGAUGUCAUGACGUUUAUUCUUCAAAUAGAAACUUUAUUUAACAGUUUGUUUGUCAACGAUGAUCUCAGGUCAGAUUCUGUUCCAUCAUGUUUCUGUAAAACAAUAAAACACAACAUUCAUAACG